CAACCCGCUUCUCACAGGAUCCAACCGCCCAAGAAACAAACACAUACACAGCCGUGGCGACAUAGUGGAAUCAACCGGGAAGGCAUCAAGCAUGGCGCCGUAUGUGGGAGGGGGCGCAUAAAUGGCAAUAACCAUGGCCGGCGAUGGGAUGCGACGGGGCGGCUGGCGGCGGCGGUGAGCGCAUGGAGGAGGACGAGGCGGGGGCGUCGACGUCGUCGUCGUCGCCGCCGCCGCCCAUCGCGCAGCUGGGCUACGACCAGGUCCUCUCCAUCCUCCGUCUGCUCCCGCCCGAGGCCGUGCUCUCCUUCGCCGCCACCUGCCGCGCGUUCCGGGCCUGGGCCUCCACGGACGCGCUCUGGGAGGCGCUGUGCCGCCGCGACUGGGGCGCCCGCGCCACCGCCGCGCUCGCCGAGCGCCGGCACGACCGCCACGGCGGCGGCCUGCAGGCGCCGUGGCGAAGGGUCUACGCCGAGGUCGCCAGGCUCGGCGCCCUGUCCGCGCGCCGCGUCCCCGUCAGGGGCGCCUCGCCGCGGCCCCGCGCGUCGCACUCGCUUAACCUCGUCGCAGGCUGGCUCGUGCUCUUCGGCGGCGGCUGCGAGGGAGGUCACCAUCUUGAUGAUACUUGGGUGGCUUAUGCUGGAACUGGAGCUGGAAAUAGACCACCUGCUAUACUUAGCUGGCAGCAAUUAGCCUCUGGCACUCCAGGUGGUCGAUUCAGUCAUUCAUGCACUCUAGUUGGUGACACAUUAGUUUUGUUUGGUGGAAUCACAGAUCAGGGGCAGCGCUUGAAUGAUACAUGGAUAGGUCAAAUUUUCUCUGAAGAGCAUCGAAGGAUGCGGAUCUCAUGGAGACUGCUGGAGGUAGGUCCGCUUGCACCACCUCCUCGUGGAGCUCAUGCAGCCUGCUGCGUGGAUGAAAAGUUUAUUGUAAUUCAUGGUGGGGUAGGGCUCUAUGGCAGCCGGCUUGGUGAUACGUGGCUUCUUGAUCUCUCAAAUGGCUUCCAAUCUGCCAGUUGGCACCAAGUAGGCAACACAUGGCCUUUGCCUCCACCUCGUUCUGGUCACUCUUUAACUUGGAUUGGUGGUACACGCAUGGUAUUAUUUGGUGGUAGAGGAUCAGAAUUUGAGGUUCUUAAUGAUGUGUGGCUGUUUGAUAUUAGUGAUCAAUACCCGAAAUGGAAGGAGCUAAAGUAUGACUUGUCUAGUGCUCUCGGUGAACUUCCUUUUCCACGGGUUGGGCAUUCAGCAAUACUUGCCUUGGGUGGCAAGGUCCUUGUGUAUGGCGGGGAGGACUCACAAAUGCGACGAAAGGAUGACUUUUGGAUCUUGGAUACACCAGCUCUACUUCAGUAUGAGUCAGGUUCCAAGAAAAUGACCAAAAAGAUGUGGAAAAAACUAAGAAUUGAUGGUCAGUGCCCAAAUUACCGAUCCUUUCAUGGGGCAUGUGUAGAUACUUCUGGUUGCUGUGUGUAUAUUUUUGGUGGAAUGGUUGAUGGCCUUGUACACCCUGCAGAAGCCUGGGGUUUGAGAUUUGAUGGGCAUCUGUAUCAAGUGGAGCUUCUGCUACAUCUCUAGAACGUGUAUUUUGUUCCCUUGUAAAUCCGAGACAUGUCAUAGGUUUGAUGUUUAGCGUCUGGUGUAGUUUGUAAAAACUGAUUCAUGAUAAAUCUGGAGGUGUCCCUAUAAAUAUUGAGGUGACCAGUACCAGUACCAGUACAAUGUCACCCAGGUUUUCAACAUUGUAAGGAUACUCCAAAUGGUGCCUAACUGUCGUUUGUGCAUGGAUGCAUGCGCACACCUGUCGCUGAUCUGUGAAAGGAACAGUGACCCUUGUAAUUUUGCCAUUAAGGCCUGAUCUGUCUGUAUAUGGGUUUGAAUUUUCAUUCCUUUGUCA